AGCUUUCCGACAGAGAAUCACUACUGGAAAAGCUGCAAGAUUUUGAUUGGAAAAAAAAAAGCAUCAGAACUCAAUAUGGUGAUGUGGGUGUUUGGUUAUGGCUCUCUCAUAUGGAAGGCCGGGUUUAACUUCGAUGAACGCGUCGUCGGUUUCAUCAGAGAGUAUCGCCGAGUCUUCUAUCAAGGCAGUACUGACCAUAGAGGGACUCCCGAGUUUCCAGGAAGAACAGUCACAUUGGAACCUGCAGAGGGGGAAGUCUGUUGGGGAGCAGCCUACAAAAUAUCAAAGAAGGAAGAUCAAGAAAAUGCUUUAGAGCACUUGGAAGUGAGGGAGAAGCAGUAUGACGAGAAGGCAUAUCUUGAUUUCUAUACUGAGCCAACGGCUACGACUCCAGCUAUUUCAGGAGUAAUGGUAUACAUUGCCUCUCCAGACAGAAAGCGUAAUAUGAACUAUUUGGGUCCUGCAUCGAUUAAAGAUAUUGCCAAACAGAUUGUUGAGGCGAAAGGUCCCUCAGGACCUAAUAGAGAGUACCUUUUUAAACUCGAAGAAGCUCUUCUUCAUUUUGAUUGCAAAGACAAACAUGUAUCGGAUCUUGCAAACGAAGUGAGGCGCAUCAUUUCAGGGAGGGAGCUAACUGUUUCAUGAAGCCGGGAACAAAUGGGAACUGUAAAAAGGCCAUCAUCCAACACAGCAAUCGGUCAUGUAUAAUUCUUAUAGAAAGUGUGGUUAGCGCCUUGGAGAAAACAAUAUCUGUGGUCGUAUGCAUAUCGAUUCCUUAUUAUGAUGGCACUGUGACAUUCAUAAAGGUCAUUCUUGAAUUCUUGUUCAUGCUAAAUUCUAGUUCAUGUAACAAGAAUCAUCCCAUUAAUACACUGACAGUAAGCAAAAAAGAGUCACCUACCAUGACACCACGA